AUGAAAAUAAGCCAUCACAAAAGUACAAGUAAUGAUAUUUUCCUAAAUGAAAAAAAAAAUGUAGAGCCAAUAAAGCAAUUCGUAGAAGUUAAAAACGAUUUGAACAAUCAAUCAGAUUUUAGCUCAGAGUUCGAAUUUAAUUUCAAGAAGCAUAUCACAGAUAGCUUCGAAGCAAAAAACAAAGGGUUAUUUAAACUUCCUCUUGGAAACAAAAUAAAUCAUAAACCAGAUUUUAUUAAUUAUAGUCAAAGUAUAGCAGACAAUGAAUACAGCAAAAGGUUCUCGGGAAAUAAUCACAGAAAUAAUGAAUUAACUGAACCCGAACAUGCAACUCAAACUAAAAAGGGAAAACACUGUGAAAGUAAAGAUGAAAUAAUAGCUAAACUGAAAAAAGACAUAAUUAUAUUAACCAACCAAUUUGAAAAAAAAUUAAGUAAAAUAGAAAACGUUCAGAAAGACAAUUUCCAACUGGAGCAAAUAUAUAAAAAUAAAUAUUAUUUAGAUAUAAAAAAAGAAAAAAGCAAGACAAUAGAAAUUUACAAUAAAAAUAAAGAACUGUUAAAGGAAAUUUAUUAUUAUAAUCAAUUUCUUCAAGAAUUAAAAAAAAAAAAUAGCUGUCUUUUGAGAAACAUACUUACCCUUGUAGAACACUUUGGACCUAUUGAAAAUAUAAAACCUGUAUUUAGUAAUGUGAAAGAUAUUUCAUCCCUCAUAGAAUCUGUAGAGCAUAAAUGUACCCCAAAAAAUACGUGUAAAUCAAAAGAAAAAAGUGAAAACAUAAAAGGUUACAACUCAGAAAAUAUAAAAAACGAAAACAAGAAAAGAAAAAAAAAAGGUUCCUUAAAAAAAAUACAGAGAACAGCAACCCCUUUUCAUAAAAAUAACAAAACUGCUACAAUUUGUUCAAGGGGGCGUAAACAAGACGAAAUACAAAAGGUGUGUAGCAAUAAAGAAAUUUAUUUUCGGAAUCGUUCACUUUUAAAGCAUUAUGAAAGGACAAAUAAUGAAAAUGAUAUCAAAAAUAAUCCACGAAUGAACCAAAGUUCAUUUGGACAUGAUAAUAGUUUAAGAAAAAGAAGAAAUGUAAGUUUGGGAAAUAGGCAAACGGGAAAUAAUGCUUGUUCUAAAAAAAUGCGCAAUGUAACAAAUUUCACUAUAAGAUUGAAAAACGUCACAACCGAAAAUUCAGAUAAUAUUCUACAUUUGUUGAGAAAGACAAGAAAAAUUAAGUAUUUGUUAAGAAAUUCUUUAGAUAUACGAUAUGCUAAAGCAAGCUAUUACCCAAAUGACAAUACAAGCGAUGAUAGGAACAACUAUGAACCUUUUAAACAAAACAUACCCAGAGAGUGCGUAUUACGAAGAGAUAGUAAAAUGCCUAUAAUGCACAGCUCUUUAUUUAAGAGGGAGCAUAUUGCAUAA